AUGCUUACGUCCCUUUCGUGGGUACCAAAGGGUGGCAUGAAGCCCAUCCCAAUCCGUACGGGUGAUGAUAUUGAUACGGUUCGAGCAAAGUUGCGGAGGCGAAACCCGGAACUCGGCGUUGAAGAAGACGAGACGAUUCCUCAUGAAGGCACGAACUUAGCAGACAGUGGCGAUGCGAGUAGCGAUGACGCUGGCGACACGGGUGGGAUGUGCUUCGGUGGCGGGGCCGACACUAUUUUGGAGCAGGUGGAGUCCGAUGACGAAGAUGAGAUUAACGACACGAACUUCAAAGAGACGGACCUCGUCUUUGCUACCGCACUCGCUGACGCCGCGCAACCGCGCUUAGAGUUGUAUGUCUAUGACGAGCCCGAAAACAACAUUUACGUACACCACGACAUGGAGGUCGCCGCUUUCCCUCUUAGCACCGCGUGGUUGACGGACGGAACAAUGUCAAUUUGUGCCGUGGGAACGAUGCGUCCAUUUGUUGAAUUGUGGAACCUUGAUGUGAUGGAUGCUGUGGAGCCGGCGUGUCUGUUGGGUGGGUGCGUCAAGUGGGAAGACAACUACAGGAAGAGGGUGAAGAGCAGCCUGCUGCAGGAGGGAUCACAUAAGGAUUCAGUUAUUUGUGUGAGGUGGAACACGUGCGCGCAGCAUAUACUCGCUUCAGGUAGUGCUGACACGACUAUUAAGAUGUGGGACCUCAACACUUCCAGCUGUAUCGGGACGUAUACUGAACCAGAGAAAGUCCAGAGUCUUGAUUGGCAUCGUAGCGAAGCCAAUCUUUUGCUUUCUGGUGGCUUCGAUGCAACGAUGGUGCUGCGCGACUGUCGCAGCCCCAGUAGCGCAGCCCUUCGCUUUGCUACCGGUAGCACGGUUGAGCACGUGGAGUUUGACCCCCAUAGCGGGGGCCGAGUGUUAUACGCAUCAACGAGCACAGGCAACUGGGCAGCGUUUGAGGCGCGUAUGAACGCGGAGGCCUUAUGGCAGAUGCAAGUCCAUGAGGCGGAUACGACGUUUUCCGCCUCUCCGCAUGUCCCGGGUCUCCUUGCCGCAGGAGGGAAGGACAAUAUGAUUAGCUUGUGGGACGCACGCGACACCACGUGUCCGCCUAAGGAGAUUGUAAAGCGCUCAUACCGUACGGGUGCCGUGAUGUCACUGUCAUUCCAUCCAAACUCGCCGCAUGUAUUAGGUGCAUGUGGAAGCAAGGGGGAGCCACUCGUCUACAUUAUUACAGACGAUGUGCAGCGAGUGUUUUGCUAA